GUAAAAGUACCAAUAAGGUGUGGCUUUUGUGGGUUUUUGGCGACAAAACGAGUGAGUAAUUUUAUGGUGUAGAACUGGUGACUGUAUAUUAUAUAACAGUUGUAACAUUUCCUGUUAGACGACCUGAGCUAACUUUUUGUUUGGUGUUAGCUAAAGUUAGCUUACUUACAGUAUGCUACACUAGCUAACGUAACGUUAACGCUACAUUACCCUAAAUAGAGUCUAAAAGACAUCAACAUUUGAACUGGCUUAACCCUUCAAAGUAUUUCCAUCUGAUUUGGUGGUGACCAUGAUGAGGAGACAAGAAAACCAGCUGGCCAGGCCAACAGCAGGCUGCAUGUCUGUACCACUCUUUAACCAGCGGAAAAGGAACAGACUCCCUCUGACAUCUGCUCCCUCUGAGAAUGACUUCUUCUCCCACAGUGAAUACACAGCAAGCAGCCCAGCUGCAGCUCACAGCGCAUCAGGUACCUAUGGAUGUUACGAGGCCUCCGGUCCAACCUCUGGGGCUCCACAAAGCCACCAGUGGAACAGGCAGGGCAUCCCAUCAUCUACUCCGCCCCGGGAGUAUGGCAGUAGCAGACCUGCUCCUGGACCUGCCCCUCCAAUUAGAACCUAUGCAUCCAUAGCCCACCCAUACAAAGCUGGAGGCACAAGCUCAGAGAUGAGAAAGCCCAUCAACUCUAUGAGACAACAGGAUUUUAGCCCUAGUGGUCACUCCGGACAGAGCCGAUAUCAAGCCUCCCAAAUCACUGAGAGUGCACAAAUUAAGCCAGUGCCCCAUCCAAGCUUCUCCCAAAUGGGUCAGCAGUCAUCUUACAGACCACCCAAUCCCACACAUCAGUAUUCUCUGCAGCCCAGACCUCCAUCUGCUCCGGUGCCACCACCCAGCAGACCCUCUGCCUGUGCUAUGGAGCCACAAAGAAACUCCUGGAAGUUUACUAACAGCUUUGGGCCGCAGAGACGCCCCUUUGAGGGAAACAGGAGCACAAAUCAACCUCAGACUGUGCAACAAAGUCAAACUCAGAGCAGAUUUCCACUGAAGCCACCAAUCGAGAACUCACUGAGGAUCAUGACUUCAGUCAUUGAUGGCAUGAGACACUGGAGCCAAUUUAAAGACAAAGUCCCAUACCUCUUUGAGAUAUUUGCUACUCUGGACUCUGCGGUAACGCUGGGUCUCCACGGAGCAAAGAACUUCCUCAUGAGGGACGGAAAGGAGGUGGUGUUGUGUGUCUUCUAUGAAAAUGAACAGGAACUGCCGCGUCUCAUCCGUGGUCAAGUUCAUCGCUGCGUGGGAAACUAUGACCGCAGUAGAGACGUCCUGAUGUGCGUGUCCGUCCGACCCGCCCUGCCCUCGGAGCUGAGAAACGCUCAAGAGGCUGUCAAAGCCUGCGAUGCAGAAAUGAGAGCGCUGGUGAAAUCACUCAGUGAGGUGUGAGCAUGAGUGCUGCAGGUGUCUUUAGCAGAACUAGUGUGCCAGUAAUUGAUGAGAGUUCUCUGUGUUAAUAGAUAACUGGUGUUUUGGGUCAGUUACAGUAGUUACAAAAAGCAUGUUUAAAGAAUAAUGAAAGAUUUUUGACCUGUGAAGGGCGCUGUUGCGCUGUUGUAUUUGACUUUAACAGUUCACUUGCAUUUGCAAAAUCCAUAAAGAGUUAUUUCCUUGAAUCCAAACCUGAAUGGAAAGUAAAGCUUCU